ACCAGUGGGAUUUCCUUCCGGCCCCAGUUCCCCACACCGACCGCCACCGCCGGCGUCCUCCUGCACCGAGGCCGCGUCCUAGGGUUAGGGUUAGGGCUCCGAUUCCGAUUUUAGGGCUCCGAUAUGUCGAUGCUGCGACGGAGGAAGCCCUCCGAGGCCGAGAAAAAGCCCCCGCCGCCGUCGCAGAUCGAUUCCUCCUCCUCAUCGGGCGCCGCCGUCGCCCCCACGGAGAAGGAGAAGGAGAAGGAUGCGGCGAAGGUGGCAGCGGAAGCGGCGGCAGGGCGGAGGGAGAGGAGGGUGCGGUGGUCGUGCAUUGACAGCUGCUACUGGCUGAUCGGGUGCAUCUGCUCGGUGUGGUGGUUCCUGCUGUUCCUCUACAACGCGAUGCCUUCGUCGUUCCCGCAGUACGUGACGGAAGCGAUCACCGGGCCGUUGCCGGACCCGCCGGGGGUCAAGCUCGCCAAGGAGGGGCUCACCGCGCGCCACCCAGUGGUCUUCGUCCCCGGGAUUGUCACCGGGGGGCUCGAGCUCUGGGAGGGCCACCAGUGCGCGGAUGGGCUUUUCCGCAAACGCCUCUGGGGCGGAACCUUCGGAGAAGUCUACAAGAGACCUUUAUGCUGGGUUGAACAUCUGUCACUGGACAAUGAAACUGGAUUGGAUCCUCAAGGUAUAAGAGUUAGGCCAGUUACAGGACUUGUGGCUGCAGAUUAUUUUGCUCCUGGCUAUUUUGUUUGGGCAGUCUUGAUUGCUAAUUUGGCUCGCAUUGGAUAUGAAGAGAAGACUAUGUAUAUGGCAGCAUAUGAUUGGAGGCUUUCUUUUCAGAACACUGAGGUACGUGAUCAGACAUUAAGCAGCAUAAAAAGUAAGAUAGAACUUAUGGUAUCUACAAAUGGUGGAAAGAAGGUGGUGGUUAUUCCACAUUCCAUGGGAGUCUUGUACUUUCUGCAUUUUAUGAAGUGGGUCGAGGCACCUGCUCCAAUGGGCGGCGGUGGUGGUCCAGACUGGUGUGCGAAGCAUAUAAAAGCAGUGAUGAAUAUUGGAGGACCAUUCUUUGGUGUCCCAAAAGCAGUUACAGGACUGUUCUCAGCUGAAGCCAAAGAUGUCGCUGUUGCAAGGGCCAUUGCACCUGGUGUGUUAGAUUCUGACUUAUUUGGGCUUCAGACCUUGCGACACGUUAUGCGUAUGACUCGUACAUGGGACUCAACUAUGUCAAUGAUUCCCAAAGGUGGCGAUACUAUUUGGGGUGGUCUAGAUUGGUCACCAGAAGAGGGCUAUGACUGUAACACUAAGAAGCAGAAGAAUAAUGAUUCUCAUGUCUCUCAGGAUGUUAACGCAGAGUCUGAUUAUCAAUUGCAUAGUGUCAACUAUGGCAGAAUCAUAUCUUUUGGAAAGGAUGUAUCGAAGACACCUUCAUCCAAGAUUGAGCAGAUAGAUUUCAGGGAUGCUGUUAAGGGCAACAACUUUGCACAUUCAAAUGCAUCUUGUCGUGAAAUUUGGACAGAGUACCAUGAAUUGGGGUGGGGAGGAAUCAAGGCAGUUGCUGAUUACAAAGUGUAUACAGCUGGUUCUAUUUUGGAUCUUCUUCACUUUGUUGCUCCUAAGAUGAUGCAGCGUGGAAGUGCUCAUUUUUCAUAUGGGAUUGCUGAUAAUCUGGAUGACCCAAAAUAUGAGCACUACAAAUAUUGGUCGAACCCAUUGGAAACAAAAUUACCAAAUGCUCCUGAUAUGGAGAUGUAUUCUAUGUAUGGAGUAGGAAUCCCUACUGAAAGAGCUUAUGUUUACAAAUUAGCCCCCUCAGCUGAGUGCAACAUCCCUUUCCAGAUUGAUACUUCAGCUGAGGGUGGACAAGAUGGGAGCUGUUUGCAAGGUGGUGUAUACUUAGUUAAUGGAGAUGAGACUGUGCCAGUUCUAAGUGCAGGCUACAUGUGUGCAAAAGGAUGGCGUGGGAAAACUAGGUUCAAUCCUUCUGGUAUCAAGACUUACGUAAGGGAGUAUGAUCAUGCCCCUCCUGCUAAUCUCUUGGAAGGCCGAGGUACCCAGAGUGGUGCACAUGUUGAUAUUAUGGGCAACUUUGCAUUGAUUGAGGAUAUUGUCAGAGUGGCAGCAGGUGCAACCGGAGAGGACUUGGGUGGCGAUCAAGUUUAUUCGGAUAUAUUUAAAUGGUCAGAAAAGAUCAAGUUACGGCUCUGAAUUCAGCUGAGGAUUUGAAGCUGUAACUUCCCUGGAACUGAGAAGCAAAGAACUGAAACCAAUAGUUCUCUGUGCCACUUGCUGGUAUUCUUAUGUGCCACCAGAUCGACUUGUGCAUAGUUUAUCUCAUACCUAAAAGAUCACGUUUCUAAGAAUUUUGUUCUGAUUUUGCAUUCUAUCUCUAUUUAUUCUAUUUUUUUUAAAAGAUAUACAUGAGAACAGCUAAUUGUACUGUACAACGUAAUUGGUUUAUUCUAACUUUUAAAAUUAAAUCAUAACCAUGAGGACAGCUAAAAUGUAAGGCAAGCGUGGUGCAUCUCGUGGACGUGGUAAUUUAUUUGAAUUGUUAUUGUAUCAUGAGUUUUUAUUGAUUA